AUGUGCAGUCUAGACACUUACUGCCACGGCAGUUUCCGCAGUUGCAGUUUGCCUUUGCUAAGGCGGCUUUUUCUCCUCAAGCCUCCGAGCAAACAGUUCGCAGGCAUCUUUGACCUGUGUGAUUUUUUGCUGGAUGCCGUCGGCAUUUGCACUCUUGAAAACAAGAACGGCUUGCUCAAUUUGUGCUUUGAGCGGUUCCCUAAUUCCACCAGCGAGACCAUUCUGAUUAAGCUCUGUCUUAAGCUGUUCAGCCGGCUUACUCUGCCAUCCAAGCAGUCUCUUAACCAGGCCGUUAUGACCAAGAAUAUCAUCCGUCCAGCCCGUAACUCUUUGGUCAAACUGCCAAUCUCCGCUGAACGCAUUGAAAUAAUGCUGUAUCGCACUCUCAAUGCCAAGCAGACCUUUAGCGUCUUUACGUUUCCAACUUUCUCUUUCAUCUUGCUGCCCCUGUUCCCCCCUAAUCUCCCCAAGCUGCUUAUGAAUAUGUUUGAAAAUCUCUUCGAGUUUCUUUUGCUCCUCCGUUCCGAGCCCAGUAAACUUCUCGCCAAGCCUCUCAAUCGCCUGGUCAACUUCACUAACUUUAUCGUUAAGCUUUUGUUGGAUCUCACUCUUGAACUUUUCAUCCAUACUGAUCAGAGCCUUCUGAAUUGA